CUGACAAAGAACUUUUCCGCCUCGUCCUUCCGCGCCGGAGUUCCGGAAAGCCGGUCAAUGCCGAACUUCAGCCAUCAGCUGCAACCCAACCAAGCAAAGAGCACCUGCUAGGAAACCCAUCGUCUAGCUCCGAUUACCUCACCAUUCUGGUGGUUUCCAACUUCCAACUUCUCUUCUCCCACUUCCAAAUCCGAUCGACUACGCUACCCGACCGUGAGCAAACAUUUAAUUGACCUCGACUCCUCAACUCCUCGACUUCCGUAUUGCAGCUUAUCUCGACGACCCUCAAGAUGAUGACGAGGCGGUUCCUAACGGCGGCGCGCCUGGUGCCGCUCCGCCGCUCACAACCUCGGUCCAUGCUACCCUUAAUGUUCCAGCAAGUCCGGAACUAUGCCGACAAGAUUGUACAGGUUCCCCAGAUGGCCGAAUCUAUAUCUGAGGGCACUCUAAAACAAUGGCAAAAGUCCGUGGGCGAUUAUGUCGAGCAAGAUGAGGAGAUUGCCACCAUUGAGACAGACAAGAUCGACGUUGCUAUCAAUGCUCCCGAGGCCGGCACAAUCAAGGAAUUCCUCGUCAAUGAAGAGGAUACCGUGACUGUUGGGCAGGAUAUCCUGAAGCUUGAGCUUGGUGGUGCUCCUUUCAGCGGCAAGGAACAAAAGCAAGAAAAGGCCGAGUCUCAGCCCGAGCACGUCGCCGAGCCGAAAGCUGAACCCAAGUCCGAGGAGGCUAAACAACCCGCCCCUUCGAGUACGCCGGAGCCAGCGAAGGAGACGCCCGCGGCCCCCCAGACCGCAUCGCCACCCAAGACCGCAGCGGGCCCCAAGGCAGCACCCGCGCAGGGUGCUAGCUCGAGCGCAAGUCUUGGAAGGCGUGAAGAACGUCGCGUGAAAAUGAACCGCAUGAGACUACGUAUUGCCGAACGCCUCAAGCAGUCGCAGAAUACGGCUGCUUCUCUUACGACCUUUAAUGAGGUCGACAUGUCCUCGCUGAUGGAAUUCCGGAAGCUCUACAAGGAUGAUGUACUCAAGAAGCAGGGUGUCAAGCUUGGCUUUAUGGGUGCCUUUGCUCGUGCCUGUGUCCUCGCGAUGCGGGAUCUGCCCGUUGUGAAUGCGUCCAUCGAGGGGCCCAACGGUGGCGACACCAUUGUCUACCGUGACUACGUUGACAUCAGCGUUGCCGUGGCGACGGAGAAGGGUCUAGUUACACCCGUCGUGCGCAACGCAGAAUCCUUGGACGUCGUCGGCAUCGAGAAGGCCAUUGCCGACAUGGGGAAGAAGGCGCGCGAUAACAAGCUGACCAUCGAGGAUAUGGCCGGCGGAACCUUUACUAUCAGCAAUGGAGGAGUCUUCGGCUCACUUCUGGGCACUCCCAUCAUCAACCUUCCUCAGUCUGCUGUUCUUGGACUUCAUGCUAUCAAGGAACGACCUGUUGCUGUGAACGGCAAGAUUGAAAUCCGGCCCAUGAUGUAUAUGGCCUUGACCUACGAUCACCGGCUUCUGGAUGGCAGGGAAGCCGUUCAGUUCCUGGUCAAGGUGAAGGAGUAUAUUGAGGAUCCCCGCCGCAUGCUGCUGUGAUUGCCUCAUGUGUAGAUCUCAUGUGUACAAUAGCACUUUAGUGCACGCAUUCUGGCGUUCUUAGAUGUUAGGGGCGAGGGUGCAUGAUUGCGACUUGGGACCUCAAACAUCGGCUUGUCCCGAGGGGACCAAGUCUGCUUUAUCGUUCGGGUAAUCCCAGCCACCCAUACAGAAGGCCUUCACCUCAAGAUAAGCAAGGGUUAUUAGCAAGCUCAGACUAUCUUUUAUAGGCGGUGUGGUGUGUGUGGGUCCGGUAUCGUUAGUUAUAUAUUCGAGUUAUAUAGUUAAAAUAAAGAAUUAGGUAUUUACCUAUAGUAAAUAG